CUCCAAAUAAUAAAAGGCAAAAAAUCGGCCCAAAUCCGGCCCGGCUUCUGUGGCCCAAACGUUCUGGCUUGAGUGGACGGUAUUUUUCGAUGUUCUCGGGGGCGAUUUCAAUAAUAAUUAUCAAAUAUAUAUAAAUUAAAUUGGCAACAAGCGUUUCCCACUCAUCUCAGGUUGAAGCUUCCAUCGGCGAAGGAGGUAAGUGGGGAAACAGGAGGGUAAAGGAUGAUUCACGCUAUACCGUGUCGGGGCCGAGCCCGGGUCUCAACCGAGCCAUAGCGUCCGAGUGGAGUCCGAGCCUUUAUGCAUGCUGUUCCGUAGUAGUUCCGUGCGAACCGUGGCUGAGUGUUGGUGAGUGGGUAACAAGCAAAAUGCAAUUUUCAGAACUUGAACUAGCAGCAAUUGCCGUUGCACUUGAUGAAGAAGAAAGGGAAAACCAUGUUGAUCGACUUCACACAGCAAAGAGGAGAUGGGGCGUGCAUCCUACUUGGCGAAAGCGAAAGUUGGAAGGAGAAUUUGCCACACUAUACAAAGAGUUGUUAGAUGACGAAAGUAAAUUCUUUGGCUAUUUUCGAAUGUCCUGGGAGUGUUUCAACGUUUUACUUCUAAAAGUGAAAAGUGGCCUCACGAAACAGAAGACAUUCUUUCAGGAGCCCAUUUCGCCAUCUGAGCGACUAGCAGUGUGUCUCAGAUUUUUGGCGACUGGAGAUUCUUUCAAAAGUAUUUCAUACAGUUACCGGUUGGGUCAUUCAACGGUAUGCCAAAUCGUAAACAGUACGUGUCGAACUAUAGUCACCGAACUUAUGAAUGAAGUAAUGCCACAACCAACAGAAGAAUCAUGGAAAGCCGUUGCAAGAGAUUUCGAAGCAUUAUGGAAUUUCCCCAACUGUAUCGGCGCGUUAGAUGGCAAACAUUUUACUAUUGAGGCUCCCGCAAAUAGCGAGUCACUUUAUUUCAACUACAAACAUACUCAUUCCAUUGUCUUAUUAGCGUUAGUGGAUGCGCGAUAUAAAUUCAUUACAGUCGACGUUGGUUCUUACGGAAGAAACAGUGAUGGUGGUAUUUUUGCUCGCUCUUCUCUUGGAAAACGCUUAGAAAAUGGUACACUAAACAUACCCAGCGGGAAGUAUUUACCUAACACAACGACCGUUGCACCGUACGUAAUUGUUGCUGAUGAAGCAUUCCCCUUAAAAACUUACUUACUACGGCCGUACCCAGGGCGUCAAUCAGCUGAAGAUACAGGAAAAACAAGUUUCAACAAUAAAUUGUCAUUAGCUCGGCGAUUGGUGGAAAAUGCGUUUGGCAUUUUAACACAACGAUUUAGAAUUUAUUGCAGAAGAAUAAAAAUGGCACCAGAGAAUGUGGAUUACGUUAUUUUAGCCACUUGCGUGCUACACAAUUUUUUACGUGAACGUAGUGACAGUGUACAUUUACCACACAGUUAUAAUGACGGGACACAAAACUCACAACCACAACCAUGUUUUGAGCCAUUGCGCAGUCAACCAGGGAGACCAGCCGAAGAUGCUUUUGCAGUGAGAGAGCUCUUUAAAAAUUAUUUGGCGACUACAGCUGCUCAUGGAGUUGAACCUUAAAUAGUCUAUGAUUACUAGGUAUGAAUCUAAUUUCUUCGUGUCAAUAAGCUAUUAUACUGCACCGGUUGAAAAUUUUUGUAAAUGUUAUGAAUAGUGCAUCAUCCGUAAGAGACGAAAAUGUAAAUAAAUAUAAAUAAUAAAUAAAUAACAGUUUUGUCGCAGUGAAUGUUUUGUCUAUUGUUCGUGAAAUAAAAAUUAUCUUUACUUACCAUUCUGUUGCAAAUCUUCUGAUAUUUUCUUCCAUAUGGUGGCUUUGUGGUUGGCAUCCAAAUACUUUGGAUGCGACAUAUCGUAAAUGCAACUGUACUUCCGCACACUUUCAAUAAGAAUUUCGUCAUCCAUUUUUAACGUUUCACUGAGGAAGACGCAAUAAAACUGGGGUAGACAACCGUCCCGGGCACGGGGAGAAAUGUUCAGCCCCUUUUCUCACCGAGGCACGUUCCAAGCACGUGCCUGGCUCGGGCGCUGCUCGGUACAACGUGAAUGGGUGCAUAUAAAAUAAUGUCAAUAUUCUUUGACCGUGUACUCUCCGUGCCUCGGCUCGGCCCCGACACGGUAUAGCGUGAAUCAUCCUUAAGACGAUCGGGUUGAGAAAGGACCAUGGACAACCCUUACCUGGGCUUCUAGGUGUUACCUCAACCUUUUUGCCAUUCUUCGCCUGAACGCGGGAUUUUGAAAAUCCAAAAUGUAACAGGCUAUGGGCUUGAUGACACUUCACAUAUGAACUCUCCUCUUCACACCCAGCCAAAAUAUGUUGAGUAGAAAAACACCUUAAGCAAUUGGCUUUUUGUUUGACGAAACGAUACCGAUUCCAGGGGGAAAGCUUGAGGAAAAAUUUACAAUUGAUCAAUUUAUGGGAACCUUUUUUACAAAAUAAACAAUCCUCUUUCUGACUCGCCUGAACGAGAAACGCGUGGGGUUUAUGAGCCAAUCGAACCUGAUUUUCUCUGGGCGGUCGGGCGACUAAGGCUAGGGCCACACUGGCGGGAUUUCACGCUGCGUUUCAGCGCUCGAAGGGUGGGGUUGGGGCGCGUCUUCAAGGUCAGCCGCCGAAAGAUAGGACUGGUUCCAUAUUUUCACGCAGUCUCGGGUGGCCACACGUGCGUGAAAAGAAGCGGCGGCGUUCGUGAACAUUUCCCACUGUUCAUUACACCUCGUCACUAUUUUGUCAUGGAGCUGGACAGUGAAGUGAUAUUAAUGGAGGUCCAAAAAUUUCCUUGUCUUUAUGACAUUAGGUUACGAGACUAUAAAAAUCGGGAGUUGAAGCGGGAUUGCUGGAUAGCUGUUUCCAAAGCAGUAGUGAGUGAAGAAAAGUGGGAAGAACUGGAUGAAAGCAGCAAAACAAAUAUUGGUAAGUACUGUUUAUAAACUAUUUAUUUGAAUAAUUUGAAAUAAGUAUAACCGUUAAGUAACCAAUCGAAAGUUAUGUUACAACGCGCCCUUAUUCUGGGAUGUUGACGUAAUUAUUUUGCCAGGGUAGUGACCCUUCAGCAGAACAAAAGUAAUUCAUAAAACUAUCUCGUACGGUUUUACCAUUAUUACUUCCUCUUGUACCAAGUGAGGGGAUGCUUUCCAAGGAGCAUGACAAUGUGUCGUCAAAAUUAUACCCGUCAUGCCGUCUUACAAAAUUAUGGAGUAAGCAACAUGCUUGAAUAAUUGUGUCAGCGCUGCACAAAGUGCGACAAUGGCAUUUUUAUUUAACGUAAUUUCAUUCAUUUUAAGAAGCGCUCACCUCAAAGGUACACGAUGGACUGAAAACCAGCGUGUGUGGCCAGGUUCAAGCUGGAUUUCACGCGCGUGAAAAUUUGCUGGUGUGGCCCACUCUGCGGGAGCUCACGCUAGCGUGAAAAAAAGCUGCGUGAAAUCCCGCCAGUGUAGCCCUAGCCUAAAGAGACUGUUUUGACUUUUUUUUCAAUAAAAUCCACGAAAUCCUCAUAAGUAGGCACAGCUCAUUCGCGGACUGCCACCUCAAACGAAAGACGGGACAUAGGGUCUAAUAAUUUCAAACCCCAAUUGUAAGAAAAUUGCGCCGCUCAGGUCUGGACAAUCCAGUCUUUUGACCGCUGCGAUUGGGGCACAGAAUUGGUCCAGGAUUGUAACCAAUCCUUUCCAAAUAGGAAUCUGUUAACGCCCGAGGAUCGUUGUAACGUUUGACCAGUAAGUCCCACAUAAUCUGGUAAUUGGACGCGACCGGUGCUAAAUGUUUACAGGUAUUUAAGGCAGAGUGUGUCAAUUUAGAGACCAAGUAUUGAACCAGGUUACUAUUAUCGUGCACGAGAGAUUUAAAAAGUUAGUAAAAAAACUGGCCAAUCUCCGAAAUUUCCUCCGAAAUGAGGAAGAUUGAUCUUCUGAAGCCUAAUAGAACUUCUCGGUAUGGUGGGAACUUCAUAAGAAAGUUAUGCCGAUGGUUUCAUGGCAGUCUCAAGUUUAGUGGCGACUGUCUCAAUGUUUGCGACCAGUUCGUGCAGGGUCUCGUUAAAUUUCGGCAUGUACGAGGGGUCUUUUUCCAAUUCCAAUUCGUUAAUCUGGAAAUCUAACUCAUCAAAUUCGGCUUUCCUUUUGUUCAAAUUAACAACGAAUUUUAUUAAAAUAAU